ACCCAUCAAACCCAAUCCAAAACCCACCAAACUCAAACCCAAUUACCCAAAACCCAAAGCCUACCAACUACCCAAGCCCAAAAUCCCAAAACCAAAAAUUACCCAAAAAUCCAAAACCCAAGCCUACCAACUACCCAAGCCCAAAAUCCCAAUACCCAUUUAACCCAAACCCAAAAACAAAAAAAAAAAAGAAAAAAAAGAAGCUCCCGCACCAGAUCCCCUCACCCCAGCGCCCUGAGCCCGCGCCUUGCGCCCUACGCACCAGCACCCCUGCUCUGCGCCCAGAUCGCCUGCAAUCACGCCCCUCCUCUGCGCGCCUGAUCCUGCAAUCACGCCCCUGUUGCUUGCACGCCAGCCACUGCUGCUGCACUGCGCCUGCACUCCUGCUCGCUACAGUACAUGCCAGACGAAAUCUUCAUCAUUACUGAUUGACAGGAGCAAGUCUUUUUAUUUAUUUUAUUUUUUAUUUGGGUAUAUAUAUAUGGAAAAAAAAUCAGGAGGGGGGGUUGUUGGUUGAUAUUGGGUCUGUUUUGUUGGGGAGUUUCGGCUGAGCUUCGAGAGCAAUAGAAGGGGUUUUUCUUUGGUUUGAGCUUGGUGCUGACGGCGGUUGAAAGGGAGGCUAAUUUCUCUGUGUUCGCUUCUACUUUAGGUAAUUUCUGAACAGAGGAGCCUUCUGGGAAUGGUGGUGAAGGGGACGAUGGGAGCCUGGUCCCGUGGGUGGGAUCCCUCCCAUCAGAUCUGGAUCCAUCUUACCCAAAAAAGCUCUGCCUUGGGUGUUUUUCUUAUUUUGGUGAAUAUUUCUGCAUCUUUUUUUUUAAUGUUCAAGCUUGUACAUGUUCCGUUUGAAAUUGAAUGAAAAAUCAAAAAAAAUUGUUCAGUUCAUUUUGUCUGAUGAAUGUGCUUUCCUUUUUGUUUUUCGUUGAUGAAUGUGAUCUUUUUAUGAUGAAUGUGUUCUUUCUUUUGAAAAUGAUGAACCGUAAUUUUACUCUCUUUUUUUAUGUUCGAUCUGUUUUUGCCUGUUUUAGUUGAUGGGUUGUGUUUUUGUGGGUCGGGUUGACCCGACCCAACCUAAAAAAAAAACUAAAAAAUGUU